UGGGUAGACUUACUGGUGUUUCCUCUAGCAUACCCCCAGGCGCUUGUAAAAUAUUUCUUCGGCAUCUACAUAGGAGACUACAUGGGCUGUGAUUUUCACGCUACAACCAUAACAUUUCUUUUCAUGUCAUCUAUUUUACUAGUUGUUUUAAUGAGCGCGGAUAGGCUUCUAGCUCUCUAUAAACCAUUUUACUACGACAAGCACAUGAUUUACGACAAGGAGAAAAUCAAGGUAGCUUCGAUUGGUUUCGGAUGCUCUCUGUUGACUAUAAGUUUACUUCCAGCUUUCGGAGUAAGCCGUAACGUACUGCAUUUUCCGGGGACAUUUUGUCUGUUUGAAUGGGGCGCCGUUUCCUUUGAAGGACAAACACUGGUCUAUAUCUACAUGUCGACGCUAGCUGCGGCGAUGCUCUUUAUAGUAUUUUGUAACUUAGCUACAGUUAUAAUGGCGAUGAAACUUUUUCAAAGAGGGCCAAGCAAUGCUGCUUCUCGGGUAGACGAGGAGUCAUCGAAGGUGACACAUAUACAACAGAACCGCAGCUCAAGAAAGAUGGAGCUUCAGUUUGCUAAGUUAAGCGGAGCUGUUGCUAUAUCCUUCGUUGGUUGCUGGGGAUUGUUUCUGGUGAGUCAAGCUUUGAUGACAUUGUUGUUUUAUAACUCUUCCGCAAUAACGCGCCACCGAACCUCUGCGGAGGAGGGAGGUUUUUAUUACCUGCGUUGUUUCAAAUUAAAUUGAUGUAAAACAAUCAGAGUACAAUAUUUAUCAUUCAGUUUGGUCAACUUAGUGAAAAUUGCUUCGUUGUGCGACCCUCUUAUUUUGUAUUACGUCCUAUUCUAAUCAGACUUUCAAAUAGCGCCUUAAUCUCAAGUUAGCUGACGCAUUUCCGCCCCAGUUUCGCGAUUUGUGUUUCUCGACGUGUAACCAAAGCUGGGCGACGAAGUUGGCUGGUAAUCAAGCCAAAAAAUUGAAGGGCCAAAAUAGGUCAUUAUUUUCGUAUUAGCUUUUAUUUGGCCUCUUUUUUCAGAGCGAGACUGGAUGCUUUCAUAUGAAAAUAACUUUUCAUUCACACCAUGACGUCAUAAUUACCGAGUGCCAAAACUCUCACUUUCAAAACGAGGCAAAGUGCAAACCUUUCUUAUAAAAAUGAGUUUACAUUAAUACUAGAAAUCAUUUUUAUAUAAAUGGCUUCUCUCUCAGUCUCGCUUUGAAACAGAGUCUUAAGGUAAAUGGCCACGUUGUCGUGUGGAUUGUUGUGCUCCAGGCCUCGUUUUAAUAAAGAGACUUUGAGCAACUUGCUUUCUUGACAGACACGUCAAUAAUCAAACCAGUUUCUAUCUUUUAGCUAAGAGUGACGCUUAUUCAAAUUGGCUACCCGUUCGAUGAAUUCUUCGACUUUACUGCAGUUCGCCUGGCGUCACUUCACACAGUUUUCAACCCAUGGCUCUAUCCAUUGACUCGAAGAAAAUACCGCGAUGCAUUUUGCUACCUGAUCACGUUGUUUGCGUAUUAUGUCACGUGUACACUUGUGAGUAGGCCCAACGCGACUUUA